UACCAAUGUCGUAUGUAACUUUAGAGACGGUCCCUUAAUGUGCGAAUAUCCAGUGUCCAACGUCAAGCCAACUUUCUACCACAUCCUCAUUACAGUUGAUUACAGGACGUAUUUAUGCGGCAAAAAACCCCAGCUCCAUUUAAAGUUUCGUCUUCCUCCUCGGGGUUUUAUCUCCCCUGUCCAGUCUGCUCCUGUUUAUUGCUUGUGUUAGGUUUUUGCAGAAGGAUAUUUUAAGUUUGAAGAAGGAAAAACUAUUCCCCAUUAAUUGCAGUAAGGAAUGGUGUAAGAGCAGAGCUGUGUGGACCAGGACGGUUGUUCGGCUACAGGAUAACGCGGUUAUCGCUUCAGAAGAAACACAAGCAGCAUGUAAACAGUGAUGUUAUGCACCUCAGCCUGCGGUACUGCCUGUAUAUCUUGAUCGACAGAUGUGUCGUCCAAUCAGCGGACUUUCCCUGGAUUAAAGAGAAACUGCUGCUUUUAGCCGAUGAAGAUGAGCAGGAUGGAGGAAGGGGUACAGAGCUGUCCAACACAACCGCUCAGUGGGCCAUUCCUAAAGACAUUCUUCAAAUGGUUCCAUCUGAUCAGCAGCUGAAUAGGCUUGCGGCUCGGCUCGGCUUGGAGUGGGAGAUGGUGCUGCUGGACUUGGGUUUGACAUCGGUAGAGAUCACCCGCUGCCGUGCAGAUCAUCCACACAGCAGUCACAGUCAGGUGCUGGCAGCCCUGGUGAUGUGGAAGCAGACUCAGGGUCGGAGUGCUACGGUGCAGCGUCUACUCCAGAGUCUACAGUAUUCCGAAAUUCAUCCUUCUUCCCUCAACCAAGUGUUUGUCUGAGACUACUAGGAGAAAGUUGAGACUGAUUCUGCCAUUAAGAUUGAACCUCUCUGCCCAGACAGGAGAAAUGGACACACACACACACGCUUUGUUUCAUACAAAGCAGUAUUGAAGAAAGCCAGAGAUUCUUUUUUUUCUUGCUAAUUUGUUAUUUUGAAAUGACAAGUUGCUGAAAUAUACUGUAGACUGGAAGUGCCACCAGCAGAACUUGUCUCUUUAAAAGAUUUUAUCUCUGUUUGAUAGAGAAACAUUGAAAUUUUACGAAAAUGUAAAAAUUUUAAUUAAAAUUUGCUGUUUUGUUCGUCAGUAAAUCUAAAAUGUAUUCAACACAGUAAAUGCAGUCAUUUGA